AUGGUGAGUAAUCAAGAUAUAUCCGGUCUAGCAUCCACCAUGAACGCCAAAAUCAUCGGUUCUGGUGAGAGACUGAUGGUCUUGGCGCACGGGUUUGGAGGCGAUCAAUCGAUUUGGGACAAAAUAAUACCGGUCUUGUCUCAGUCCUUUAAAGUUUUGGUAUUUGAUUGGCUUUUCUCUGGAGCCAUCAAAGACCAAACUCUUUACGACCCUUCAAAGUAUAACUCCUUGAACGCUUUUUCUGACGAUCUCAUUUCUCUUAUGGAGGAGUUGAAGUUUGGCCCUGUCGUGUUCGUAGGCCACUCCAUGUCAGGAAUGAUCGGCGGUGCUGCUUCUAUCAAAAGGCCGGACUUGUUUUCAAACCUUAUUCUUAUAGCUGCUUCUCCCAGGUUUAUAAACAGUGAAGAUUACGAAGGAGGGUUUGAGUCCAAAGACAUUGAGACGAUCAUCACUAACAUUGGCUCCAACUACGAGGCAUGGGCAGCUGCAUUCUCCUCGAUUGUGGUCGACCCGAGAGACUCUGUCUCGGUCCAAAGGUUCGAGAAAAGCCUGAAGAAGAUGAAGCCCGAGACGGCUCUGGCCUUAGCUAAGAUAGUGUUUGGCAGCGACGAGAGAGAGCUCUUGGGUCAGGUGUCAGUGCCUUGCCAUUUCAUACAGCCAGGAAACGACGUCGUUGUACCUGUCUCUGUCGCGUACUUCAUGCAGGAGAAGAUCAAAGCGAAAUCGACGGUGGAGAUCAUCGAGAACGCGAUAGGGCAUUUCCCACAGAUGACAUCACAUCUGGAGCUGCUUGACAUCAUGAGGCGCCUCCUCGAGUUUUGA